AUGACAUGUGCUGGAAAUCUCACCGACUGCCCCGGCCAUUUCGGUCAUUUAGAACUGGCGAAGCCCGUUUUUCACAUUGGAUUCCUCACAAAAUCCCUCAAAAUCCUUCGUUGCGUCUGCUUCUACUGCGGACGUCUUCUGAUUGAUAAGACGAAUCCACGUGUCAUGGAUAUUCUCAAAAAGACGAGUGGGAAUCCGAAGAAGCGACUGGCGCUGAUCUAUGAUCUCUGCAAAUCGAAAUCCGUGUGUGAGGGUGCCGCAGAGAAGGAGGAUGGACUGCCAGAUGAUAUGGAUGAUCCGAUGAAUGAGGUGUGUGGGCUGGAAAUUGCUGAAAUUCCCGAAUUUCAGCCUGAAAUUUGCGAUUUUUGA